AUGUUCCUCUCCUUCUGCAUCCAGGGGUGCUACGGCCCUUCCAUGCGCAAGCGUCCCCGCGGGCCGGCGGGAGACUUCGACGGGGGUAAGGCGCGCCUGAACGACACCGCCGACAACAACCUGCCCACGCCACACUCUCCCACGCCGCUGGUGGGCAACUCCGGGUUCUAG